GAUUCACGUGUUGUCGUGAAUGGGUCGCAAAAGUGGAGCUGUCAACACAAGCGGCUAGCUUGCCGUUGCUAGGUAAACAACGCCCGCAGCUUUUCGACUAUGACGAAGACCAGACGGAAACAACGAACGACACACGUCCUAGAUCGUCGCAGCGCCGCCACCGCACACGUCUCCCACACUAUCAUCAGCUUCCACAUACCUAUUCAGCGCUCAUGGCGCGCCUGAACGAGCCGCCGGUGGCUGCUCCUCAGCCGUCGGCCGACAACAUUGAGGUUGUCAAGCGUCGCUUUCUGCGACAGAACCGCGAGCUGGCAAAAACCAACUCGCAGCAGUCCAUGCGCAUUCGCACCCUCGAAAGCGACUGCUCACGCCUUCUCGCCGAAAACCUUGCCCUUCGCGAACGCGCAAUGCACCUCCAACAUACCGUCGAUAAGCAGUCCAGCAGUCUUUCGUUCGAGAACAUCGAUGCCGUCAGGUCACAACUGGAAGCCAAGAUGCAGGAACUCGGAAGCUUGGUAGCUUCGCUGGGACAGCCUAAGCAGACUGAGAGACGGCGCAAAAGCCAGCAGCUGGCCAGACAUCGUCCACAGGAGAGAAACUUCAGAAGCGGGCUAUGCAUACAGGAAGUGGAGGAACGGAUGAUGCCCACCAUUGACGAGGACAAGGACCAUCCACGGCGCACCAUGAACGCAGAGGAGAUCCGUAACGUGCUGGAAGACCCUGAGAGUCAAUCGCCCGAUAUUGGCCCACCGCCCACAUCAAGCUUCGAAGUCGAAGAGCCCAUUGCGUUCGAUCCCAACCCUGAACCGGAUGAGCACAUGGAGGACGUGCCUGCAGAAGACGAGCCUGCGCUACCAAUGAACCUAGAGACACGGAAGAAGCGAAGGGAGAGCGGGCCCAAACUCAACAUCCGCCGCAUCUCCGUAUUCGAAUCGUCGGAAGAGGCCAAAGAGAAAGCAGCCAAGCCUAUGCGCACUGGCGCUAAGAGAAAGUUCAGUGUACAGGAAGACGAGGAUCGACCAGAGACACAGGACGAGCAGUUCAACUUCAAUCGCAGGAAUGUCCAAGAAGCAGAGACAGAGGAAGUUCCUGAGGAGCCUAGAGCUGUAUCACCAGCGCGGCCAGUCCUCAGUAGCAAACCUGUCAACACCGACCCAGUGCUGUCGCCAAAAAAGCAGCGGUCGUCCGUGAAAGAGCAGGAGAAGCCACAGAAGAAGAAGUUACCCAGCGUGAACCCUCGUAGCCGCCAGCGUCUCCCAAUCACUCGAACCAUCACCCCGCCUGAGCUUCCCAUGCUUGUAGCACCCGAGCCGGUCCCCGUUGCUGAGAUCAAUCUCGACCUUCUGCCACCAAAGACGCCUGCAGCAGACACUGUCUUCUCCCCGCCCUCCACGGAGCCCUCGACAUCGCGGCCAGACAACAAGGACACCCCUCCGCCAGGCGACGUGAGCUCAGGGAACCAGACAGGACAGGCUGGACGACCAUCGCGAAGAGCACGUCCACAAGUCAGCUACAAGGAACCUAGUUUGGCAGUCAAAAUGCGUCGUGAUGGCAAGAUGGCCGACGCCAUUGUACCCCAAACAGACAGGAGGACGAGCGUGGAAGUCAAGUUGGCACCUCUCACAACAGGCAGGGUAGCGAUCAAGCGAGAGGCUGAAGAAGAGGAGGCGGAGGUGGGAAGUCCAUCGCGCCAGAAGCUUGAUAGACGAGAGAAUGCAUCGCCGCCAGACCCAGCACCGAUGAGUCAGUCGAUGACUUCGCGAGCCAUAUCCGCAUUGAUCGACCAAACGAGUACCGCAAACAGAAGGGUGUCCGCGAACUUUGUAGCUAAGACUGCAGACGAGCCAGCGUCUGAGCCAGUCGAGUCCAGCAAGCCUGCCGUAAAGGAAGAGGCAGUCGAGGAGGACAACCUCGCCAUUUUCGACUUCAACGGGUCCUCACCUGUCGAUUCUGCACGUCCACGCACCGAUCUUGCGAAAGUAGUGCGCAGCGCUCGGCGACACUCAUCUGUACCAGCCCUGGUUACCAGCGAGUCUGCGAAGCCAGAAGGCUCUCUCCCGUCGCUACACAAGCGUACAGGAAGCGGAACGAUCAAGAGUACCAGCACGACCAGUCUGGCGAGGAGCACUUCUGCCGCACGUUUGAAUGCGAAGAAGGCAUCGGUGCCAACAUCCACUAGUGCAAAAAGUGAUAACGCGGCAGUAGGUGAUGCAGAGAAGGCGAGUGCAACGUGCACACUGAGAGCGGAGAGGAUAGCUAGUCGAAGGAAGAGUAUGAUGCUUUAGGAGAGCAUCAACGACGAUAGAAUCGUCCGCACGCACUUCGCUCCUGGAGAGAGCUGACGGCGAUGAAAUUUGGGUGCAAAGAUGUCCGCAAGGGCUGAUGGCGUUUCGCACGAUACCUAGACCUCUUUCAAGGUCAUCUUUCUUAUGCAAUGUACCGUUCACUUUACAGACAUGCCACUUCAGAUGAGAUCAAAAUGAUUGCAACUGAGUUCAUGGUUUAAUCAUGACCGUAGCUGCUGCAGC